CGCGAUGGAAGAAAAUGGCCGCAGAUGUUUUUGUUGACAAAAUCGCUACAAUAAACCAAUAAAGAUGGAAGAAGAGCAAAGAAAGAAGAAACUAGAAGCGGGAAAAGAGAAGUUGGCUGCGUUCCGAAAGAAGAAAGCUAAGAAGAGACGGAAGCCGACGGACGACGAUGCGAGUAGCCAGCGCAGCGGCAACAUGGCUGAUGCGUCGUCGUGUAGUGAUGUGCAGUCCCUCACAGGAGAUAGUGACCAGGGCUCAUUGGUCAGCUACAGCGGGGAGGAGUGGUCAGCAGAGGAGGCGGACAUGCACUCCUCCGUGUACUACCAGACGAAGUUGGUGGAUGCCACGCGCCGAGUUGCUGAGCUGGAGGAGAUGAUGGAAGGGAAGCAGCUCGCUCUGGACAAGGUGGUGCAGGAGAACGACCAGCUCCGACAGCAGCCCAAACAACAGCGAACACCGGACAAUGUAGACAUGGAAAACAACAUAGCAGAAGGCAGAGGGGGCGUCGCUGAACCAAGGGUACAUCUAGGUGAUCUGCAUUCAGCGUUGGCACAGAGGGACCUCAUCAUUCAACAGCUGACCUCGCGACUCAAAGCGACGGCCGAGAAGUCUUCACAUGACUAUACACAAGAAACGCAAACACUAGCCCACCAGGUGUCUCUGCUUCAGCAACAACUUCAGCAGGCUGGUGAAACGCUACGGGCUCAGCUGAACCAACACAAUGUCUCUGCACAAGCCUUGCAGGAAGCCAAGGCUGAGAUCCUGGCACUGCAGAGCCUACUCCAGGAGAAGGAACAGGUGCUUGCUCAGCUCAGGCAGGCCAAGAUGGAAGAUCCACAGAGACUUGAGCAGAGGGAGAAGGAACGGGAAUCAUCUGUCCACGGAUUUGAAUCAAAGACCAAAGAAUUGGAAGCUUCAGUUAGUCAGUAUGAAAUAAGGACACAGGAGCUUGUUGAAAGGUAUGAAUUGAGAGAGAAGGAGUUGGUUGUGUGUGUACAACAACAUGAGGUCAGGGAGCAGGAGUUGGUUGUGUGUGUUCAACAACAUGAGGUCAGGGAGCAGGAGUUGGUUCUGUGUGUUCAACAGCAUGAGGUCAGGGAGAAAGAGCUGGAGGUGUUUGUGCAGCAGUACGCAAGCAAAGAAGCAACUCUACAGGAGACCGUCACCAUGCUUGAGACACAGCUAGCAACAGCAGUCAGUGAGAGGGAAGCUGUUAUGUCCUCCCUAGAAUCUGGUGAGCAGCAGAAGAUUGCUGAGUUGACGUUACAGGUGCAGAACCUGAACCAAGAAAAGGACAAGAUUGUUUCUGAGUUGGAUCAAGUGAAAACAAGAAAUGUUGAGCUUGAAGAGCUGUGUAAGCAAUUGGAGGAGUUGCAGGAGGAAUGUUUGUUGAAGCAGUCUGAGAAUGAUGAACUGAGGAACCGGAUUAAUGACCAGCAGGGUGAGACUCUGGCUCUCAAGUCCCAGGUGGAGGUCCUGCUACAGGAUGGGGACCAAAGCAGCCAGGAUCUGGAUGUGCUCCGGGAUCUCCUGGAGAACAAGGAACAGGAUCAGGAGAUGGAACUCCAGGAGAAGAAUGCAUUCAUUCUGCAGUUAGAGACAGACAUUAAGAAGCUGCAAAAUGAAAACAGCUCAUAUGUGUCCAAUAUUGAAUCUCUGAAUUCACAGAUAUUGCUGUUGCAAGCAGAUCUCAAUGCAUCUGUGAGUGAGAGCAAAUCGUUUAAGACUUUAGCAGAGAGGUUUAAAACUGAGUUGAUGAAAGCUGGGAAGGAUCCUGAAAGUGUUUCUGGAGAUACUGUGGCUGAAGAUGGGGAUGAUGAAUUAGAUGGGUCUGAUGUGUUUGCUGUGGAGUCUGAACUGGAAGUACGAAGAAUCUCUGCAAAUGAUCAGACAAAUGUGGAACUCAAAGGUUUUGUUAUGGAGUCGGUGACUCUAAGUGAAAGUGAAGUGAGAAAAGAAUUUGAAACUGAAGUUUCCCAAAGGGUUUUAGAUGAUGGAGUUGUGAGAACUGAAAAUAUACAGUCUUUGGGUUCAGCCUUCUCUUCCAUUGAUGGAGGAGGUAGUGUGACAAGACCUCCCAAGACUGAUUCACAGAUUGUGACUCUGAACAAAGAGAUUGCCUUGUUGAAGGAAGUGUGUAAGGGGCAUGAGGAAAAAGUAACACAUUUGCUGAAUGAUAAUUCAGUAUUAAAGACUGAAGUGAACAAUUUCAAAACUCAGUCAGCAGCAUUAGAGGCUAAGAUGGGUGAAGUAGAAAGUCAGAAUGGUAUCCUUGUGAAUCAACAACAAGAAUCAUAUUCAGUGUUACAAAGUCUUUCAUCAGAGCUACAAAUAACCUGUGAUAAACUGAAGGACAGCAAGCACAAGUAUGAACAUGUAUCACAACAGCUAUCAGAUCAUCUCGAGGAAAAUGCUGCUCUUGUGGCCAAAUUGAGUGAGACUGGAGAAGAAGUGAAGCUAAUCCAACACAAACUGGAUGAAUCUGAAGAGAAGCUUACGGCCCUUGAAUUGGAAUUGAAACAGAUCAAGGCAGAACUUGAAGGCAAAUGUUUGGAGUAUGAGCACCAGUUAAGUGAAAUGCAGCAGACUAAGAUUGUGCCUGAGUCUGCAGAGUCAAGGGAGCAUGAUGCAGAGAUCCAGAGACUUCAGAAGGAGCUGGAGGAAGCAAAAGCUGGAUUGGAAGAAGUGUGUCUUGGUGCUGAAAGGGGUGCCGAAGCCUUACAGAAUCAAUGUGAUAGAUAUGCAGCUGAGGCUGCUGCACUGCAGACAGAGUUAUCUCAGGCCAAUAAAGACCUAUCUCAGGCCAGGGAAGACCUAUCUCAGGCCAGGGAAGACCUAUCUCAGGCCAGGGAAGUCCUAUCUCAGGCCAGGGAAGACCUAUCUCAGGCCAGGGAAGAACUAUCUCAGGCCAAGGAAGAACUAUCUCAGGCCAGGGAAGAACUAUCUCAGGCCAAUGAAGACCUAUCUCAGGCCAGGGAAGAACUAUCUCAGGCCAAUGAAGACCUAUCUCAGGCCAAUGAAGACCUAUCUCAGGCCAAUGAAGACCUAUCUAAGGUCAGGGAAGAACUAUCUCAGGCCAAUGAAGAACUAUCCCAGAGUCAGGAAAGGAUUGUGGCUUUUGAACAUGAGCAAAAAGAGUUGUUAGCAAAAACAGAAUCAUUGCAGCAAGAGCUUACAACAACAAAUGUUGAAUUUGGUCAUAUUAGAGACAUGUUAGAGAAAGGUCAAGAAGAGUCUAAGAGUUUGGAGUCUGACAAAGAUAGAUAUGACGAUGAGGUAAAGUCACUCAAACAAAAACUGGACAAAGCUAGAGCAGAGCUGCAGCAAGAACAGGAAAAAUCCAUCAGUCUUCAAUGUGAAGUUUCCAGCUUGAAAAAGGAAAUGGAAAAUGUAGAUGAAGUUAUGGCAAAGAAUAAACAAGAAGUGACGUCGUUAAGAGAACAAUAUGAUUCACAGUCAGAAGGGUUUGAGAAAGAAAAGAAGCAAAUUAUUGAGACACUGGAAAUGAAUCUAAAAGAAUCUGAAUCUCAGAGAGAUAUUCUUUGUGAAGAAGUAGCCUCCACCACACAACGACUCCACAGCACCUUGUCUGAGAUUGGGAAAGUGAAUCUCAGACUACAACAAACUGAGGAACUGACAGAACAGAGUCUGCAAGAACUUCAGGACAAAUGUAAAUCAUAUGAAGAAACGAUCAAAACACUCCAGACUGAGACUGAACAUUUACACGAGUUAGAGAAGCAGGUUGUUGAACUGAAGAAGGAACAGGAAUUAAUGAAAACUGACUUGGAUAGCAGGGAAUUGCAGAUAUCCAACCUUAGAGGUGAAGUGGAACAAAGGGAUGUGGAGUUGUGUUCUGUGAAGGAGAUAGCUGAGUCCAAAGUGAGAGAGGAUCAACUACAGAUAACACAAUUACAGGAAGAGCUUCAGAAGCUUCAAAUUGAGCUUGAAGAAUCAGCUCUGAAGUUUGCAAGUUCCCAAGACAUCUCAGAGAAGGUAUCCACUGAACUGAAUGACACAAAAUCUCUACUGUUGACCAGACAGAGUGAACUCGAUCAAACUGUUGCUAAGCUGCAGGAGCUGACUUUUGGAGCUGAACAGAGCCAAGUGGAGCUGCAGAUGAAGUGUGCAGACCAAGCUGCAGAGAUUUCUAAACUUGGAUUAGAUAAGGAGAGAGUGAUGAAGGAACUCGAGAAGGUUGUUGCUGAGGCUGAAACAACAAGAACUGCACUUGUGACGGACAUUGAGAAGUUUAGGAUGGAAGCAGGAAGUCUUCAAACUGAGCUUCAACAAGUGAAGUUGGAACAUGACAAUCGUCUCACUGAGGAGCGACAUGUCAGAUCUGAAUUUAAGUCACAACUUGAUGUUGCUUCAAGUGAAACUACCCAGUUGCAGACUGCUUUAGACAAGGCAAAUAAGGAAGUGGAAGAGACCAAGUGUGAGAUGCAGAAGUUGAGGUGUGAGUACGAGGUUCAGUUGGAACAAUAUGAAAAACAUGUGGAUGACCUCAAGAAUCAAAAUAGAGCAAAUAAAACAGAGGUCGAGCAUUUGCAAAGAAAUUCCCAAUGCGAAGAGGAAACGAAAAUGGAAUUGCAAAAUCUUAUCGAGCAUUCUAUGGCAGAAAUUAAGAGCCUGCAGGAUGACAAGAAAUUAAGCAAAGAAGAACUGGAGGAUGUUCAGACCAAGAAUCAAUCUUUAGAAGAGGCACUGUACAUUGAACAGGCCGCUAGGGUAGAAGUACAGUCUCAGUAUGAUAGCAUAUCAUCUGAGUUUGACAGAGUAAAUGCAAGUGAAAAGAAACUAAAAAAAGACUUUGUUAAUUAUGUUCAAAGAAUUGAGUUUUUGAUUACACUGACAAACUUGAACAACGAAAAUAUUCAACAUGUUGAUGUGUCAAAUAUUGGAACUGGUUUGGGUUUAUUGGAAGAAUAUUUGAACAGGAUGAAGGUUUAUCUUGAAGAACAGACAGCAAUCCAGGAAGGCUUGACAGAAAAGGUUACUUGUCUUGAAGCUAGCAACACUGAACUGAACCACCGGAUAUCAUCACUGUCUGGUUCAGAAGAAGCUUUGAAGUCAGCCGUGGAGGACCUGAAGGGACACCUGGAGAAGGCUGAGGUGCAGGGGUCAUCGGCACUGGCGGAGAUGAAGUCCUGUCAGCAGAGGGUGGAAACUCUGCAGGAAGAGAAAGAAAUACUGAAAGCCAACUUUGACUCCUGCAUGGUGGACAUGCAGCAGAAAUUAUCUGAGCAGGAUACGAGGACAAGAAAACUUCAAGGAGAGAUGAUGGAGACUGCCAAAGAAAAAGACCGAGAUAUCAAUGAGACGAAAAUGAUGUAUGAUGCCCAUAUAUCUCAGCUGGAAGAAAAACAGCUUGUGGUUGAGGCUGAGCUUGCUCGGGCAAAGAAGAUAAUCUCUGAAUCUACAGACACUAAGAGCAGUGACCUGGAAACCUAUGAGAACAAAGUUUCUGAGAUGGAGGAAAGCAUCAGCCGAUUGGAGUUUGAGAAAACAAAACUACAGGACCAGCUGGCUAAAUGCAGUGAAAACUUCCAACAAGAGAAGGAGGAGAUCAAGAGUAUUUUUGAGUCUCAGAUUACCGAGCUGGAAGAGAACUGCAAAGCACUGGAGUCUACAAUGUUCAGACUCAAGGAUCAGUUGUCUGAUGCAGCUAAGGCUCAUGAACAGGAGAAAGAAGACAUGGAAAAGAACUUUGACAUGCAGCUGUCAGAAUGGGAAGACAGAUGUAGAAUAUUCGAAAUGGAUAAUGGAAAGUUAAAGAGACAGAUGGAUGAAAUGGAUAAAGAUUUCAAAUCUGAGAAAGAGGAAAUGGAGAAGAUGUAUGAAAGACAACUUAUUGAUUUGGAGGACAGAUGUAGUCAGAGUGAACUCACAGCCAACAAGUCAAAGCGUAAUAUGGCAGAUAUUUCCGUAGACUUUGAUGAUGCAAAAGUUUCUUAUCAGAUACAGAUUCAAGAACUGGAAGAAAGGUGUGUGGAGCUUGAGAAGAGCAGACUGGAAGUUCAAGAAAGACUUGAAUUGGUGAGUGAAAGUGCCCAGCAAGAGAGGAAGAGUCUUCAGGGAUCCAUGUCUUCUCAAAUCAGUGAUAUUCAGAAGCGUUAUACUGUAUUAGAAACAGAGUAUGCAGCAUUGAAAGAUGUUUUUGAACAGACUCAGAUUAGUCACAAAGAUGAAGUAGAUCAGCUGAAGCUUGAUUAUCAGAGGAAGAUGGCAGGUUUGGAGGGAAAGUUGGAACAGUCUUCGGUUCAGAUAGUGCAAGAGAGUCUGAAAGUAGAAACUGCUUUCUCAGAAAAGGAAGAAAUUCAGAGCCAGAGAACAAACACUGAGGCAUACAAACUGGAGAUUGAUAGAUUGACAAAGGAAAAGGAGGAUAUUCAGACAGAGCUUGAAGUUGAGAGAGAGCAUGUGAAAGAGGUAAUUCAGAAACUUGAGAAUUUGAACACCAAUCACAAAAGAGAGACUGAAAAUUAUAGAAUGCAGAUUGAAAGUAUGGCCUCAGGGGAAGGUUCAGAAGCAGUUAAGGAGAAUAUGGAUAGAAUGAGAACUGAAAUAGACAAACUUACUUUGGAAAUUGCUUCUUCAAAACAGGACAUGAAAAAAGAAAAGCAAAAAUUGAAAGCAGCCAAACUUGCAGCUGAGAAGAGCAAGAAGGAAGCCCAAAUGAUGAAGGCAUCAUCUGAUCAGGAGGUCCAAUCUCUGAAGCUGAGGCUAGAAGCCUGGGAGGUUGAGCUCAUCCAGAGGAGGAAGUUUGUGGAACAGGACCAAACUGGGGUGGACAGUGAGGGAGCAGGGUCUGAUGCCGGUUCUAAGAGACAAGCAGAGCUUGAGACACUUGUGAAGAAUUAUGAAAGAAAGGUUGAUGAUCUCACACGCAAACUGAAGCAGCAUGAGACUGACCCAAGGCAGCUGAAUGUUGUCCAAGGAUCAACUGAACCAAGACAGGAAGGUUUUGAGGCUUUAGAAGAACCACCAUUUACAGAUGCCUUUGAACCUGAGCCUUUAACUCCAGAUAUGUUACAAAAUCAACCAAGAUUUCCUUCCGAUGGAGGCUACAUUCCUAAGGAAACAGUUGUUCCAAUAGUGCAAGGAUUCCAGCCUGAACUUGAAGGUCAUGGUGAAGGUUUUGUACCUGAGGCUGUUCAUCCAUUGAGUCACAACUUAACAUUAAAUAUGCCCAAAGAACAGCAAGCCAAUGUUCAAACUGAGUCACAUUCUGCCCAGCCCAAUGAUAACCUCACCAGUGGAGAUGGCUUCCAGCCAGAGGUGGAUGAUUCCAAAACUGACACAUUCCAACCUGAAGCUGCUGGUGAAUUUAAACCAGAUCACAUACAAUCUCAAACCCACCUGACUCUCAGCACCUUUCCUCAAUUGUCUACCCUUACAACUGAAGCAAAGUCGUCUGCCAAUACAACUGGAACACAAACUGAGGCCUCCGAUUUACUGUCGCCCAGUACCAUGGAGCUUGACACACAAGGACCAACAUUAACAUCUCCUGCUAGUGAUUCAUCAAUGUCUGAAGAUCUCCAUCUGAUGAAGAGGCAGCAUGACCAUGAGAAAGAUCUUCUAGAGGAAGAGUAUAUCAGGAAAAUGAAGAGUCUUGAGGUGGAGCUGCAACACAAGCAUCAGACUGCCAUGGAGGAGUACCAAAAGUCUGUUGAUCAGAAGAUGCAGCAGGACUUAUCAAUUAGGACACAGAAGAAACAUCAGGAAUUCAUCAUGGAAUUGAGGAAAGCGAGGAAGAAACUGGAGGCCAAACACAAGUCUGAAGUGGAGAAGGUGAAACAUGAGAUGUCCUCCAGACUUGAGGCAGCAGUUGUAGAGCAGUCUGAGUCUGAGCUUCUCAAGCAACUCCACAAGGAGAACCAGGAACUUGCUGAGGCAAGAGAUGCUCUGCUGCAAGAGAUCUCACAGAACCAGCAGAGUCGUGAGGAGCAGGAAUCGUGGCAGACAAAGCCAGAAAUUAAAACUUCCUCACCUAAAGCUGAUCAAUCGACUGAUGAAUCCCAGAGAGACGGCUCUGAUCGACACCAAUCAGACAGAUUCCUUGAAGAGCUGGAGAGUUUGUCUCAGAGAUCGGGUAGUGAAUUGCCCCUUGAGUGGGAAAUGGCAAUGUCCGUAGAGGAUGGAGUGUUUGACAGAGAACUGGAUGGAGAUGGAUACUGUGCCAGGCAUGAGUGCCUCGAGAUAAAACAAAGGUAUCAGAGACUUUUUGAAUUGUACCAGCGGGUUCAAGGUGACACUGAGAGUGUUUUCAUUGUGGAACAUAGUCCAGAGAGGAACCCAAGCUCAAGUCUUGGAAGGAGAAGCCGUAUUGAUAGUAGUGAGCAAGGAAGUGAGAACACAGGAUCUAGCUAUCCAAGACAUGAAGGUGUGGACACUUCACAAGAAGUCAGUGAGGGUGACUUUGAGGAUAGCUUCAAGGAUAGGAUUCAGAAACUGGAAGCAGAGAAUAUUGCUUUGGAGAAGAAGCUGUGUGACCAGCUUGAGAAGUUCAGCGUGGAGAAACAUCAUUUGGAGGAGAGAUGCGAACAUCUUCAGAUAAACUUGAACAACACAGCAUUUUCUCGCCAGGAAGUUGAGGACAAGCUAGUGCAACAGAAUGAAAUACUCCAGAGCUCACUGUCCCAGCUUAGGACCGAGUUCAAGUCGCCUAUUGAUGAGGAAAUAUUGGAGGAAGUUGUUGAUCAAUCUACUUGUGCCUUUGGGAUGGCUUCUGUUCAAACACAGACUGAAAUAAGUGGGGACAUUUUAGUGACAAUAUUGAACGAACAGAUUGAGACCAGUCAGAGAUCCUUUGUAGGGGAAAAUGACUCAGCUGAAGACAUACUGGAAAAGACUUUGUCAGCGAAGAAGGAAGGUGAAAGUUGUAACCCAGAUGCAAGAAUGAGCACGCCGAAGAGUGAAAAGAAGAAUGUACGAACUGAGCUCAGCUUCACUGACAGUGAAGCAGGAACGUCAGGAUUUGGACAGUCUGGAAUAUCUUCUGCAUCCUCACCAGGUGACAGUUUCCUUUUGCCAAGUAUAGAUCACAUGGAAAGCAUGAUCUUCUCAGAUUCACGGAGCUCGCUGAGUCCGACCAGCAGGGGGAGGAAGAAGAAGGAGCCCCCGAUUGAGAUCUCAUUCAACACGACCUCGGUUGUCUCGAUGAAAAGUACAGAAGGAGGGACGUCUGUAAACCAGGAGCAGAUAGAAAUUACAGGGACUGUGAAGUCGGCAGGAACUAUUGUACCAGAAGAUUAUGCCAAGGUGGCGCUGGAGAUUCAUCAUACUGAGCUUGUAGAGGAGAUCACAAGACUGAAGCGUGAUCUUCAUGAAACUAAGGCCAUGUAUGCACGUGAGAAUGCCUUGCUGCAAGAACAGGUUGAGAGGGAGAAGAUAGCUCGACAGUUGUGGCUGGAAAAGAGGGUUCCCGAUGACCAGCUCAUCAAGGAGCUGCCUCUACAGACUGAUGUGAUAGAACUACGCCAAGAAGUGGCUUUGCUGAAGGAGAAUAAUAAGAUGGUUAUGAGUGACAACAAACAUCUGAUGGAGCAGGUAAGGGAGAAGGAGUGUGUCCUAUUGCAUUUCCGGGAUAAGUACGAUCUACAGGCUAUCGAGCCAGAAGAGUUUUCUCAUGGGUCUGACACCCAGCUGCUGAUCAUACAGAAGCAGAGGGAUGAGUUGUUGGAGGAGCUCAAGGACUUUCAUUCGGAACAUGAAAGACUCUUGUCAGUUCUGGAUGCUCGAACAGUCAUGGAAGAGACCCUGAGACGAGAGAAAGAGAUGCUGCUGGAGAAGUUGGUCCAACAUGAAGAUGUUCAGAACAUCUCCACCCAGAAGCACCUGGAACUAGAGUUCAUUCGGGGAGAGCAGAGAAGGCUUGAGCAGCUUUUGCUCCUGAAGGAUGAGAAUGAGCAGCAGCUGCUGAAGCAGAAGCGAGUCCUGGAAGGGGAGUUUUACGACAUCGAAGGUAGAUUGAGAGAAAGGGAAGCAUUCCUGGAAGAAGAGAAGCACAGAUUGUUAAGGGAAGUGAAAGAAAAGAACCUGACCAUCAUGAAGCUUGAGACAAUGACCGGAGGAUCCACAGAUGGCCACAGUGGACAUGGUGCACGACGAGCCUCGACAGGACACGUGCCCAGUGGUACCAAGUCAGGUGUGAGUUCCAGUCCGGUGGCAUCGGACACUCCCUACGACGAGGCGAUCGAGAUUCUGAGAGAGAAGCUAAAGCUGGAGUAUGAAGUCAAGGAGGCCGUGAUUCAGGAACAACACGCCGGACAGACAGCAGCGUUCUGGCAGCAACAGAACAAGAAGCUGGAGUCACUACGGGUCCAGCAUGAAUCUCAGAUGGCGGCUUUACAAGGUGAACUGGAUGCAGAGCGGGACCGCAGCUCCCAGCAGGACUUGCAGCUUCAGGAACAUCACCAGCAGAGUGUUGCCCGGCUGCGAGGAGAGUUGGCGGAGGAGAAGGCGGCCUUGUUGGAUACCGUGCUGACCCAGAUCUCCGAACUCACACACCGCCAGAUCCAACAGGCCAAACACGAGAACCGGGAUGAAGUAGAGCUGCAGGUGAAGGCGAUGAAGGUGGCGAUGGAGCAGAUCCACACAAGUCAGCUGAGCCUGGUGCGGUCGGAGCUGAAGGCGGAGCAUGCCGCCCACAUAACCUGUCUACGUAAAACACUUACCAAAGAGCAACUUGCCUCUGUGGAGACAACACUACACAGCCACUCACAGACUGACCCGGGUGCUACGUCAGGUUUGGGUUCAGUGGAUGAGCGACUCACCCAGAGAUACGAACACCUGGUGCAGAGAAUCAAUGAGCAGUUGGAACUGCAGGUGCUCCGUGACCUUGAAGAAGCUCCCCCUGGUGGUGACCCCCGUGAUCUCAGUGACCCCAGCACUUCAGAAGCAAUCCGGAAUCUUCUUGAGAGUCAGCGAGAAGAGAUCUCCCAGCUGAGGAGUCAGAUGUUGUCGGAGUACGAGAUGAUGUUACAGUCCCGGACACAAGGUGUCACAUCGCAGUCGGAGCAGGUGACGGUGUUGCAGCGGGAGAUGGAGGCGCUGCAGUCACAGUAUGAGGACCAAGUCCGAACAUUCCAGGAGAAGCUAGCCCUCACUUCUGAGUCCGACAAGGAAAAGAUUCGAACUCAAGAACAACAAACCAAAGAACUUGAAAGCUUGCGGACAUACUAUGAAAAACAUGUGCAGGAUAUUGAGAAAACAUAUUCCGACGAAAUAACUGAUUUGAGGACUAAAUAUGAAACCCAGAUCAGCAACAUGCUAACGAGCACCGAUAGAGAUUCUGAAAAUUUAUCUGAUUCAAGAGAGUUUGAGAAACUUGCUAAAGAAAGAGAAUAUGUGCAGAGGACAACCAUGUUGACUGUCAUUACUGAUAGUGAUGAGUCUUCUGCCACGGAAUCACCACGCGGGGCCCAUAAGUCUGUGUCAAGACUCUCGGAUCUGGAGAGGCUGGUGCAAGAGCGUGACGUCAAGAUCAGUGACUUGGAAAAAUUGCUCGAAGAAGAGAAAGGAAGAUCAAGAGAAUCGGCUGAGGAAGUGAAAUCUUUGAAAGAUCAGUUAAAUGAACAAGAAAAGAGAAUUAGUGAUUUGAAUUCUGAACUUUCUGAAAAGGUGAAGGCUGUUUUGGAGCUCCAGAAUGUUGUGUCUGAUAAAGAGAAAGAUAUCUUGGAGCUCCAGUGUGUUGUGUCUGAGAGGAAGAAGGAUGUUGAGGAUAUUAAGACUGUUGUUUCAGACAAGGAGAAAGUUAUUGAGGGGCUGGAAGGUGUUGUUGCAGAAAAGGAGAAACUGCUUCAAAAUAUUGAGGAUGAAAAGGAGAAAUAUUUGAGUGAGUUGCAAGAAAAGGACAUCCGGAGUGAUGACUCGAGCAGUGUUGAUUACUCUCAGGAAAAGCACGAGCUCAUCACGAAGCUGGAGGAGCUGGAGCACUCUCACAAGCAAGAGCUGGAGUCCCUUCGACAUGACCUUGAGCACGACAGUCAAGUGGAAAUCGAAACCCUACAGUCAGAGUUCAAAGUACAACUUGAAAUUGAACUUAAACGACAGGCUGCUGAAUUACAAACAAUUCACGAAGAAAAUGUGAAAAACUUGGAAUUAAGUCAACAAGUAAGUGGGUUUGGUCGUGUAGUAUCAAGGGAGGUAACGUCUGUAGUAUCAAGGGAGGUAACUUCUGUUGACACAAAUGUUCAGCUGGAGCAGACAGUCUCAGUGGACACAGGCGACAGUGAUUUGAGUUCCUCAGAGGGAAUAUCAAGUGGUGCAACGGCUGUUGCUGUUGAUGUUGUCGAUGCUGUUCCUGUUGAUGUUGAUGAAGUUGAUGCUGUUCCUGUGGAGGAUACGGUUGAUGCUGAUGCUGAGGUUAGGAUACAGCUUGAAUCAAAGAUUAAAUCUUUGGAAGCCGAGUUGGAGAGAUUACAAUCAGAGCGAGAUGAACUUUGCCAGAAGCAUCACCAGGACAUAGAGAGUCUUCAGUCUCAGUUGGACGAAGAGAGAGAAAGAUAUGACAAGCUUGUUUCCGACAUGGAUGACGAGGAGGUUCUGAAGGAGAAAUACGACCAGCAGCUCGAGUUGUCCAAGCAGCUCAUGCAGCAGGAGUUCACUGAGACGCUGGAGUCCGAGAGGUCUCGGUUCAUGGAGCGUCACCGUAAGAUGAUGGACAACUUCAUGGCCGACCGGACCCAGGAGGCCGAGGAGCUCAAGGCCAAGCAGGAGGCCGAGCUUCAACAGCUGAAGGACCAACUCAUCUCACGGGAUGCUGAAGUUGCUCGACUCACAAGUCAACAUGCCGAGGAGCUUGAGACAGUCACACGCUUACAGACAGAGGCGGAUGCUGAGAACAGUGAUGAUGAAAGGAAGAGACGGGAUGGAGAGAAGGAUGAAAAUGAUGGAGAUAAGGAUGAGAGUGAUGGAGAGAAGGAGAGACAAACUGAAUUGAUAGAGAGACACAAGGGAGAGAUGGAGGAAGUGGAAAACAAGUGGAAGAAACAACUUGAAGAGCUGAAGGCUGCCCACGAGGAUGAGAUGUCCGCGGCUGCCAUGGACACAGAGGCGGUCAAGGCCGAGUUAGAGACCGCCCACCAGAGGGAGCUGCAAGAUCUAGAGACACGUCUGUCUCGGUCCCACCAGACGGAGAUGGAAGACCUCUGUUCUGAGCACCAGCACAAGAUGGACCAGCUCCUCAGACAACAGAAUGACCAGAGCCGUGUCCAGCACCAGGAAUCUCUUGACCAGGAUGACCAGGAUGAGGGGCUGAGGGAGGCGAUGCGAGAAGUGUCUGAGGUGGUUCUGCCGUCACAGACGACGCCACUCCUGAGUGCGACCGAUUUGGACUCAACCCUGGAGAGUGAGGUGUCUGGGGCUGAAGGGGACCACCUCAUGAAGAGCACCCCCCGGGACCCGGGGCCUGAGGCUGGGAGCAGCAGGGGCAGCACCCCGGAUGAGAUGCUGGCCACACGGUCCUUCGCUGAAGUUGUGCGAGGGAUUCCCCCGAUUGUGUCCGAGGAAGAGAUGAGGGAGAAAGAGGAAAGGAUCCAUCAGCUGGAGGAGGAGGUGAGGACGUUGCGAGCCCGGCUGGAGACUGAGGAGAGUGAGGAGCAGCUGCUGACGGGGAGGAGAGCUCGAGAGGCGGAGGAGGAGGGCAACCUGGUGAUGAUGCUCCGGGGCGACCUGGACAGGAUCAGCGCUGAAAGGGAUGCCGUGCAGAAUGCCAAUGACCGUCUGCUCCAAGUACUGACGGAUUCUGUCAAGAACUAUGUGUCAGUGGAAGACAUCAUCAACAAGAAACUGACACGCCUGGUCAACCAGUCAGGGUCAAGGUCAAGGCCGUCCAGUGGAACGUCCCGGGAGGAUGGGCGUGGGACGGAUACUGAUGGGCACAGGGAGAGUCGAGGACAUGAAUUUGGAGCCAGAGCUCCCUCACCGAGAAGUGACAGAGCUGACACUAGCCAGGACAGCACGGCUCUGGAGGAGACGAGUAUUCUGUCCAACAACACAGAUGAGGGGCUCGACCUGUCCCAGAGACUCACAGAGAGCAUCUUCACAGGACCGGAACUCGAUGCCGAGGGAGAGGAGAUUCUCUCAGAUGCCCGGGGCAGGCUGCAGACCUCGGUGAACAGCCUGCUGGAGAUGAUUGAGAAGACUACGCAGCAGCUGAUGGAGGCCAAGCACACGCAGCAGGAGCUGGUCGACACGCUGGCCUCCCGCAGCACCGAGGCCGAGGUGCUGCAGGCGCGCUGCACCGACAUUGAUGACCGACUGCGCGAGGAGGUCGCCGCCAAGGAGUACCUGUCACUGGAGCUACACAAGGCAGAAGGCUUGAUAUCAGGAUACGCCACGGAGAGGGACGGCCUGGAGCAGAGGCUGGAGUGUCUCGAGGAACAACGGCAAGGACUGGCCAUCGACCUCGAGACCACGCGCAACAAGCUACAGGAGUUCCAGAAUGCCCACCACGAGAUCCAGUCCCGGCAGGAGUCGGUCGAUCGGCAGGAACAGAUCCUGAGGGAAAAUGUCGGCCAGGAGACACAAGCGACAGUCUCGAUGCCCACCGAGUUGUCCACCACACCUCCAGCGCUGCUUCUUGAGGUGACGAGUCUGACCGUGGACAAACAGGAGCUAGAGAAGCAAACCAAACACCAGUUGGACCGGAGCCAGUCUCGGAUCCAUGAGUUGGAGCUCGGUGUGGAGGAGAUGGAGCGGCUCCAUGAAGAGGGCCUGGAGCGCAAACGGGAAGAAAUAGAGGACCUUCGCCUCCAGCUGGACAGUGUGGAGAGACAGCUGAAGGCCUCCAAACAGUUUCUGGCUGAGCAGUCUGGGGAGCGGGAACAGGAGCGGGAGGACUACCAGCGAGAGGUGGAGCGGCUCCAGGAGAUGCUGCAGGAUCGGGACAAGAGGCAGAGUGCCCAGGGCCGGCUCCAGAGGGAGGUGCAGGUCUUGUCCGAGCAGCUUCAGGACCGUCUGGCUGUGGAGGGGGAGCAUGAUGAGCAGACUCGCAGAUUACGCCUGGUCCUUCAGGACAAGGAGCUGACAGCCUCUGAGCUGAAGGAGUGGGUGACGCAGCUCGAGCAGGAAGUGGAUGAGAGAGCUGCCUUGGAGCACGGGCUGAAGCAGAAAAUUGUGAGACUAGAGAAGCAGUUGUCCUUGAGGCCGGUGCCCGAUGAAACGUCAGACAGCUCCCUCAACUCCACGGCUGAGCAGCCACUCUCUAAACCCGACCUGAUGUCUCCAGACCGGCGCAGUCCGCUGAGAAGACAGAUCACCCUGGAGGAAGAACUGGAGAGGACGAAGAAGAGUGGAGAGGAACUGGCCCUGGAGAAGGACGUCCUCCAGCAGCAGGUGAGAGAGCAGCUCCUGCAGAUCUCAGCGCUGAGGAACCAGCUGGAUGACAUGCGGCACUAUGGAGGGGAGGCGCCCACGGCAACCCACGCAUCACAGCUGAGGGAGAGGCUGGCGGUGGAGAGAGAGUCACUGGAGAUGAAAGAGGAGGAGGUGACCAGCCUCCAGGAGCAGAAGGAUGGGCUGAAGCAGAAGCUGCAGGAGAAGGAGACGGAGGUCCAGAGACUCCGGGCGGAGCUGGAUGAGAGCAACCACCAGGCUUCUGUCGACCCUGCUCUCAAGGCCAGGGAGGAGAAUGCUCAUCUCAAGGCGGAGGUGGAGAAGCUUCUUGGACACCAGGAAGAUUCAGUCGAGGUCGGACUGCCACGCUUGACACAGGACCUGCUGGAUGAGAAGAACCGGGAAAUCGAUGAUCUGUCGGAGCAGAUCAGUCAACUUCAGAUGGCACUAGAGGCAACCUCUAUCAUUGAUGACAGUGUCAGAGAGAAUGAUGAAAUGGAACUACUUCGAGAAGAUCUACGCCAGAAAGCUGAAACAAUCUCCGAGUUACAGGAGAAACUGUCAUCGGUCAACCGUGGCAGUCAGUUUUUCGGAGACAUGUCUCUGACAGAUGCUGACCGAAGUCUACUGGAGUCUUCUUUCACAGAGAAGACCAACUUCCAACAGGAGUUAGAGGAGACCAUAGCUCAGAAAGAGGAUGAAAUGUCUGAUCUGAGGAAGGAGCUUGAAACAUCGCAGUUAGCUCUCACAGAAGUGGAGGCAGAGAAAAUCAGUUUGAAAACUGAAAUGGAGCAAAGAGUGAAGAAGCUUGAGAUGGGACUGGAAUCAGCUCGGACGGCUCUUACAGAUGCUGAGCAGAACCAGGAACAGAGUCCUGAAGAGAUCCAGGAACAGAGUCUUGAGGAGAACCAGGAACAGAGUCCUGAAGAGAUUCCUGAGGACAAAGACGAGAUGUCUCAUGAGAAGGACCAGAUGGAGAGUCUCCAGAUGGAACUGGAGCAGACACAGCAGGCUCUCAAGGAGGCUCAGGAACAACUGAAAGCUCAGGAGCAGAUUGAUGAGAUGCAAAAGGAGCUGCAGAAGGUGCAGGAGGCUUUGAAAGAAACUGAUGCUCAGAAUAGUGACCUCCAGAAAGAACUGAAGGAAUCAAAGGAGGCUUUGAAGGAAGCAGAAGAAAAGUUAACAGAUAAGGAUGAUGUGGAUGUUGAUGAGCUGAGGAAAGAACUUGAAGAGGCUCAGCAAGCUCUGAAAGAUGCUGAGGAGAAAUUACAAGCUGGGGACAGUGACAGUUACUCUGAGCUUCAGAAAAAGCUAGAAGAUGCCCAUAUAUCUUUGAAAGAAACGGAAGAGAAGCUUACAGCUCAGGACAGUGAACUUCAGCAGACAGUUGAGGAAAGUCAUCAAGCUCUGAAGGAUGCUAAGGAGAAAUUACAUGCUGAACACAGUGAGAAGAUGUCUGUGCUUCAGAAAGAGCUAGAAACAACCAGAGUUUCUCUGAAAGAAGCUGAAGAGAAGGUUAUUGCUCAGGACAGUGAACUUCAACAGAAGCUGGAGGAGGUUCAGCAGGCUCUAAAUGAUGCUCAGGAGAAGCUACAGCUUCAACCAAACCCUGAUCAUCAAACACAACUGGAGGAGGCUCAAAAAGCUCUGAAAGAGUCUGAAGAGAAAUUUCACCUUCAAAGCAACAACGACAGCAAUGAGUUGCAGAGACAGCUCGAGGAGGUUCGAGUUGCUCUGGCUGAGGCGAAUGAAGCGAGGGAGAAUCUUGAGGGUCAUCUGAGUGAGCGGGAGUCAGAGCUGAAUCACCUUCAAGAGGAACGAGACCACAAACAGCUCGCUCUGGAGCAGGUGAACGUCCAAGUGGAUGCAUUCCAGGAGGAGAUCAAGUCACUCACCGGCUUCCAGACUGAGCUGCAGAAGGACUUCGACACUGUCCAGUCUAUGCUAGAAGAGAAGGAGAGGGAGAUCGAGACACUCACACGAGAGCUGACCGAAUCCCGCCUACCACCAGAGGGAGCCACCUCUGAACUACAGGAUAAAUAUGACGCUGAGCUCCUGAGUCUCAAGAAGACAAUCCAGGCGAAGGUGAACAUCAUUGAGGAGAAGGAGGAGGAGCUGUACGUCCUGAACGAGAAACUUGAGUUACAGGAUACCAUCGGUGGUGAGCUGUCCACAGUUCGUCAACAGCUAGCUGACACUGAAGUGACCCUGGAUGAUGUACGGCUUGCCAAACAGAACUUGGAAGAAGAGGUCAAACUUCUUCAACAGAAGCUAGAGAGUUCAUCAGCGGAGUUCAGUCAUGAAGAUGGCCACGAAAAGGAGUCCAGCUUGGUCAGCAUCAGUCAACUCCAGGAAGAGCUGUCUCAGAAAGAAGAGAAGCUGGACAGUGUCCGAGCUGAAGUGGAGGAGCUGAAAGAGAGACUGAGCGAACAGCAGAAGGAGCUGAAUGAUGUUCGGGGCAAACUCCAGGAGAAGGAGGUCUGGCUUGAGGAGCAGCAGGCUGGCCAAGAGGAGGAGGGACAGGUGGAGAGGCUCCAGAGGAGGAUUGUUGAAUUGGAGGAAGAGAAGAAAAGCAUUGAAGAAGGACAGGUUGAAGACCUAAGGCAGAAGAUUGAGGACCUGGAGACAAAACUGAGAGGGAGGGAUGCAUCAGGGAUUGAUGGUGGAGAGGUUGUGGAAGAAGAUGCGAUUGUUGUUGAUCUCAUCGAUGAAGUUGAAGGUGUCCCAGCUGAAAGAGAUUGCAGCAUCGGAGGAGAUGCGGACAUUGCCAAUGAGACCAGGAAUAUCAUGGAAGAGUUGAAUAUGAAAAUAAGUGAGCUUGAAGAAGCUUUACAUGAGAAAGAAGAAUUGUUGGCCAGAUUGAGUUUAGAGAAUUCUGAAGCUACUCCUGCAAAGUCAGAUCUCAGUAAACAGUUGAGUGAGAAGACACAGCUGUAUGACCAACUCCUUACUGAUAAGAUCAUGCUGGAGCAGACUGUCAUAGAUUUGGAAACAAAGCUGGAGGAAAAGCAAGAAUAUUUAGAAAACUUAGAUUAUGAUAAGAAUGAACUCUCAGAGAAAGAAGAACUCAUCGCAAAACUGAAACAAGAACUGAAAGACAAGGAAACCGACACAAGUUCAGGACAGAUUGAUUCAGAGGAAAGUGAACGUUUGAGAGACCUUCAGAAGGAGAUCGAGGAGAAGGAAUUGAAGAUCAUAGAACUGGAAUCACACUGUGCAGAACAGAAGCAGCAGCUAGAGACGGGGGGUCUCCACAUCCUUCAGCAGCAGGUCCAGGAGAAGAACCUGAGAAUAGAAGAACUGGAGGCCAAGUACGAAGACCUGAAACAACAGAUGCGGGAGGAGGCUGGGAAGCUGGAGGAGGAGAUCCAGAAGAUCCACCAGAUCCAGGAGAGGCAGCCCGACAUGGGAGUCCUGGCCGAGACCCAGCAGAAGGUGAGGGAGGUCACGGCAGAGCUGGGCAAGACCAGGGAGAAGCUGCUGGCUGCAGAGACGAGCUUGGAGCAGACCCUUGUGCAGCUGGCCGAGAGAGACGAACAAAUCAAGGCUCUCUUUGAAAAGGGACAGCCUCGGCUUGACACGAGCAGUCAGUCACAAGAGGAAGUGAAUCGAGCUCUGGAGGACUCACAACAGGAAGUGUAUGAACUCUCACUAGAGUUACGGGAAAAAGACGAGGAUCUUGAACGACUGUCUACAGCUCUCACAGCAACGGAAGAGGAACUUGAGAUCAAGUCAUCUCGUCUUCGGACUGUGGAAGAAGACCAUGAGAAGAUACUGAAGGACUUACGCGAGACGGAGGAGAAGCUGAAGCAGACCUCGUUUGAACUGACCAAUGCGCAGCGAGAUCAACUGUCAAUCUCUCUGCCAUUGGACUUGGAUGAGGAUCAUCAGCUGAUGACUCGAUCGGAGUCAGAACCGGCACUGAAUAACUGGAGACGUGAGAGUCAUCUGUUCAGGUCACGUUUACACGAGGUGGAGAGUCUUGUGCGUCAACAGAAGCAGGAACUUGGCUCCAAGAACAAAGAGUUGUCGGUCGUUCGUAAACAGCUGGAGCAAUGGCUGUCCCAGGACCGCGGAGACGGAGACGUGAAGACACAUAUAACAUCACUCCAACAAGAGAUUCAGGAACGUGAUAAGAAGAACCAACUCCUUCAAGCAGAAAUCGAUGAAUUAAAUGAAACUCUCCUUAUAAGGGACACUGAAAUUCAUGCAGUCCGUGCAUCCGAGUCUCAGCGGUAUUCUAGUGCAAGGGAGGCAACUCCUCCUGAAAGUGAACAUCAAAUACGCCACCUGAGACACGAACUACGGAAAGCCAAAUCGGCACUUGCAGAAAUUCAUCAUAACGGUGACUUCCUUGAUCGAACUCCUGAGGGCAGUGCUACGGAGGAUGACCAAUCACCUCUGAGAUUGGGAGAAGAUGCUCGUAAUCUUCGGCGGGAAGUAGCCCAACUGAAGGAAGAGCUUCAAAUAUUUAAGACAACAGCUUCUAUGUCAUCGAGAGAUUUUGUUAAGAAGGUGAUGGAGCUGAGACAGGAGCUAUCCGAGGAACACAAGAACCACAUCCGGGACAUCCAGGAGCGACUCAAGAUGGAUGCUGAGUCCCAGCUCACCACGCUGCAGCUCCGACAUGAAGAUGAGAUCAAGCAGCUCCGUCAGCUCCAUGACCGCAAGAUGCAGGCCGUCCUCGCCGAGCAGAGGCAGGACCUGGAGAAGCAACACAAGACGGAGAUCAACAGACUGAUAGCGGAACACAAGCAGGAGGUGGACCUGGUCCGGGAUGAGGGCAUCGUGCGAGAUGAUGCAUCUGUGACAGACCUGAGGCAGAGUCUGAUCUCCGACAUCCAGCAGACGGAACUGAUGGACAACCGUCUCAUGGAGCAGCUUGACGGACCGGGUGGAGAAGACUCGGACACCACAAGCAUCACCGACACGGCCAGCAUUGAGGCAGCGCCACCUGGUGCUAUAUCCACAAAGCUACAGGUGUUGUUGAGCCGGCUACACAAGAAGGGUGUCCAUGUGCUUACACUCUCCGAGCUCCAGUUCCUUCAACGGCACAUGUCUCAUGACCAUCUGAAGGGCGAUAUUGAUAUUGAUGCCGUGCGACAGGCCUGGGAGAGAGAACGUGAGACAUUGCUGUCCACCAUCAACUCACUCAAGGACCUCCUGGCCAGGGUGCACAAAGCCAACAAUGUGGACAGGUGUGAGGGGGAGGAGGACUGGCGUGGAGACCUGCUGGCGGCCGUCUGUGGACUGUUUGACAAGGAACGUGAGGCUGUGUUGGCAGAACUGCGGACAUAUGUGGUCACUCACGCCCCCGACGCUGACCCCAGCACCAGGAGGCUUGAACAGAGAAUCUCCGAUCAGGAGGUCCUCCACCGGUCAGCACUGGACCAGCUACACCACUCGGACCGGCAGUCCAUGCUGUCGGAGAUGGAGGCGCUGCGGAAGAAGGCGAGUGAGACGCGGCGGCAGACGGACGAGCAGCAGCGGGAGUACAGCACCACCCUCUCCUCCCUGGAGGACCACAACGCCAAGAGGGAGCGGCAGCAGCAGCGGCAGAUCCAAGUCCUGGAGUACAAGCUGCAGCAGGAGAAGGUCAUCCAGGACGACCUGAAGACCAGCCUUGACCUGGAGCGGCAGCGGGUCCGUGAAGUGUCCGGUGAGCUGUCACGCGAGAAGAACUCAAGCCUGGAGAUUCAGGGAGAACUCUCCACUGUGCAGAUACAGCUGUCUAAAGCUCGGGAUGCUCUGGAGCGGGAGCACAACAGAUUCAUCUCAGUCACGGAGAUAUGGAACACCGUGAUAGAUGCUCUGGAAGAAGAGAGAACCAAGAACAGUCGGCUGUCGGAGCUCCUGGAGUCGGAGAGGAGGAAGUGUGUGCUGCUGAACUCGCAGGUCAUUGACCUCCGCUCUCACAACAAGGACUACUUGGAGAAGGAGAGCAGAUUUGUUGAGCAACUACGUAUUGAACUAGAGCGCGAGAGGGAGAAACGCGUGGAGUGUUCCAGACAGACGGAACAAGAACGAUCCGCCAAACAUGGCGUGCAGCAGGAGCUGGAAGGAGAGCGGCGGAAGAUGCGUUCUGUGCAGACAGACUGUGACGCACUGGUGGCACAGCUCAAGUUGUCCCUGGAAGCUGAGAGGGGCAAAGUCGAGGAUCUUAGUCAAAACAUGGAUGAGGAACGACAAACGACCACCCGAUUGAGGACGGCUCUCGAGUUGGAGAGGACAAAUCACCAGGAGGCUGCCAGUCAGGACCGAGGUACGAUCGAGGACAUGGAGGCGCGGCUGAGGUCGGACCAGGCGCAGGUGGAGGACCUCCAUCGCUCGCUGGCCCGGGAGAAGCAGAAGGUGGUGAGUGUGAGCGAGAUGCUGGAGACCGAGCGGGAGAACACGAGGCAGACGCUGGAGCACGAGAGAGCAGUCAACAGGCAGCUGAAGAGGGAUGCUGAGGACUUGCAGGUUGAGAAGACGGAGCUGAAACGACAAGUUGAGUUUGAGGGUGAGACAAUAAAAACCUAUCAGAACCAGACGGAGCAGCUCCACGAGGAGGUGAAGGUCCUCAAGCAGAGGGAGAACGAGUUCCAGAUGCGGACAGACAGCCAACAGGCUGCAGUACGCAAAACUGUCCGAGAUCUGGAGCGGGAGAGGGACGAACUGAAGAUCAAACUGCAUGAGCUGGAACUGGAGACAGACCGGCUGACGGACAAGGUGCAGGACACACAGCUGCAGCUGGAUGACGUCCGAGGGCGGGAGCUCCAGACCCGGCACGAGCUGGACCGACUGAGACUCACCACCACAACUCACCACACCACCACAACUCACCACACCACCAGCUCGAGUGACAGGCCACCAGCUGCAGCAGUCAAUGUGAGGACCAGUGUUGAUGGCAGGCCGACAUUGAGGAAAGACAACUUUGAUAACCUGGUACAGAGGCUGGAGUUCCUGGCCCUGCGUAUGCAGGAUGAUGUGACCUUGACCCCACGACAGUGCGGAGGGGAUGAAGUGGACGCCCAGGUUGAUAGGACAUCGAACUACGUGGCGGACAUCCAGGCAGUACUCAUGGACAUGAAACAACUACAACAACCACUCGAGUCUAGUGAGGUCCGUGCCAGUGCAUCAGCUGGUCAGCUGGCCAACGAGCGCAUCGUGCAGCACAAUGCAGAGUUGACGUUGUUCCUGAAGCGGGUGUGUCAGGAGAAGGAAGAGCUCCGAGUGACUCUGGACGCCAUGGAGGAGGAUGUAGCUAGGCUGCGGAGGCAGGGCAGACACACACAGGUUCGGAGGAAUGAGGAGGAGGAAGAAAAUCGGUACCUCCAGGACAGGAUGUCCUGGGCCAGUGAGAGGCUGUCGCUGCAGAUGACCCUGGACACUGCUGAGCAUGAGGUGGAGAGACUGCAGUCAGAGAUUCGUCACGUCAGAGGUCAGCUGGACUCGGAGGGGUAUCUCACAGAGGCAGAUAGAGACAAGAUGCAAAGACUGUAUGGCAAGUUCCUGAGAUCGGAGAGUUUCCGCAAGGCCCUGGUGUAUCAGAAACGCUACCUGCUGAUGCUCCUCGGGGGGUACCAGGACUGUGAGCAGGAGACCUUGAUGCUGAUAGCACAGAUGGGGGGCUACCCCUCCGACAUCGACGCGCGGCGACGCAGCAGACACUCCCGCUUGUUCGGCCUCUUCCGGAGUGCCGCCCGAGUCAUCAUCGCUAUAGCUAGAAUGAGGUUCAUGGUCCGCAAGUGGCGACGUGCAAUCAGAGUGGGCUCCCCUGUCGUGAGUGGGCGUGUCAACAUGAAUGUCGGUUACAUGCCGUCGACCUACACACAUCCUCAACCCGCGACCUCCCCACGCUACUUCCCAUCAAUGUCCAGAAUUCCCGAUCUCCCGAGAUCAUCAACCUCCGAACCCCUCUUGGUGUUAAAUGGCGAUGUAGCCAACCCAUACCGCCUGACCUCCAGUGCCGGAGCUACAAGACGCCAGUUUACAACACCCCCAACAAAAGACACCAGUGCUAGUCACACAUCCUGUGAUAGAACUCCUUCCUCCAGUGCUAGAAGACGUCUGCUUCAAACUAAUACCAGUGGGACCAUGAGCACGUAUGGUCAAAGUCACCCCAUGACGCGAGCUACGACUGCAGACGAAUCUACAGACGACUUCCUUCAUCGACUAGAGAAUCUUCAAACCCGCCUUGGAAGUUACACCACUGGUUCAAGUCCCACCAGGACAAGUGCCUGGAGAUAACGGCAGCAUCAACAACAUCAGCAUUGCCAACGCCAGAGUCAUCGUGGACUACACCCUGAUUCCACUUUACAUCUACUUCAUGUCAUCAUCCAGAACGGAGAUUGAACCAUCAAGAUUGGGGAAGUCAUUGCCAUCAAGAUGGAGGCAGUCAUUGCCCAUCAAGAUGGAGGCAGUCAUUGCCAUCAAGAUGGAGGCAGUCAUAGCCAUCAAGAUGGAGGCAGUCAUAGCCAUCAAGAUGGAGGCAGUCAUUGCCCAUCAAGGUGGAGGCAGUCAUUGCCCAUCAAGGUGGAGGCAGUCAUUGCCAUCAAGAUCAAGGCAGUCAUUGCCAUCAAUAUAGAAGCAGUCAUUGACCAUCAAGAUUGAGGCAGUCACUGCUCUCAUCACUGAGUGUAUGACGACCUGGAGAGUAUUUGGAGUUACUGCACUAUGUCUGAGUGAGAUAUCAGUAUUUGGAAUAAAUGAUGAUCAAUGUUUGUUGCAAGUAUCGGAAAUUUUAUGGCAGGAGAAAUAUUCGGCAAUUACGCCUUGACAAAAGGAAACCAUGUUACAGGUAUCUGUGGCCAAGUGACACUUCUUGCCUUCGUCUCGUCAUGAUUGAUGUGAUGAGUGCUAGAAUAUACGAGUCAUUAUUUCCCAAUUGUUCAACUGAACUGACUAAAAAACUCAAUUGUUUGGAUGAAAUGAGAGGAGAUAUUUUUACAAUGAGAAAUGUGAAGUGUUAAUGACUGUCAGUUACAUAUGUUGUUGUCAAGAUUGCUGAGCUGGAAAGACUUUAUUUUAGAAAUCCCCAAAUAAUGUGAAUCACUCAUGUAUCAAUGAAACCCAUCGCUGUUUUAGAAGUACUGUAAUUUAAAGUGUACAGUUGACACAUUUUGUUGAUAAUUCCUUUUAAUCAGGACACUGUUUAAGUAUUUUAAAUGUACAUCAGGGUGUAUUUGUUACAGUCAACAUUUAAUGUUUAACGAUUUCACAGAGUCAGCUUGGCCUGAGGUUUGAGUGAGAGGAAGAUUUAAAUCUGAGCCGUUGACACAUGUCUGAAAUUACAAGUCAGAUUCCUUGUGUUCAUCCAGUGUUUUAUUCAUGGGAAAUGCUGCUUUUAUGUACAUUGCACUUGUACCAUUCAACUCUUAACACCUUCUGUAUCUUCCUUGAAGUGAUGCUGUCCUCAUGAAGCUUGUUUUGCUUUUGCAUGUUUAAAUUCGUCAACUAACGACAACGCCCUGUUUUUAAUACUAAGAGUUUUCGAAAGAUGCAAAUGUAUGUUUCAUAAUGUUUGUUGUAUAUUUCAUAAUAAAAGCCAUAGUCAUUUGUUAAUAUCCUUGUAAAAAUAUGUAUUUUAAUUUAUUUUUGUUCGUAAGAAGUAAUGCGUUUGUUCAUUGCUGGAGAAACUGUAUGUCGUGUUUGUGACAAGUGUUAGACAGUUUACAGUUUUAGUUGGGACCUCCUCCUCAUGAGGAAGUCGGGUUUAUUUGUGCCAAAAACGGUGAAUGGCGGCCAAAAUGUAGAGGAUUUCAGAUUGUGUUGAUAUUUUUAGAAUUUUGGAUAUGGCAUUUGUUGUAGUUGGUCAUAGCAGGGAAAACCUAACACAGUAAACCGGAAGUUGUCCGGGAAUCUAUUAACGGUCCUUCAGGACCAGGCUUACACGAGCUGUGAACACUAGGAACACUACAUGUCUGCCUGACAUUCUGUGUCAAAGACUGGAGACAUUGUCCUAUUUCUAAGACUGGUCAAGAUGCCAAGUCAAGCAUCUGUCAUUAAAGUUAAAUGUCUGUAAAUAAAGUUAAGCAGCUGUUAGCCUCUGUGAGUAAAGUUAAGCAGCUGUUAGCCUCUGUGAGUAAAGUAAUGCAGCUGUUAGCCUCUGUAAGUAAAGUUAAGCAGCUGUUAGCCUCUGUGAGUAAAGUUAAGCAGCUGUAAGCCUCUGUGAGUAAAAUUAAGCAGCUGUUAGCCUCUGUGAGUAAAGUUAAGCAGCUGUAAGCCUCUGUAAGUAAAGUUAAGCAGCUGUAAGCCUCUGUAAGUAAAGUUAAGCAGCUGUUAACCUCUGUAAGUAAAGUUUAGCAGCUGUAAGCCUCUGUAAGUAAAGUUAAGCAGCUGUAAGCCUCUGUAAGUAAAGUUAAGCAGCUGUUAGCCUCUGUAAGUAAAGUUAAGCAGCUGUAAGCCUCUGUAAGUAAAGUUAAGCAACUGUUAGCCUCUGAGGGUAAAGUUAACUCUGUUAAGCAUUGUUAAGUGUUCAUGUCAGAUACUGAUUAUCCUUUUUGUCAAAAUAUGUAUUCUUGAUGAACUUUAUGCUGAUGAGGCAGGUUUAAUAUCAUGACCUAUUUUUAGAAUGGAUCUGAAUUGUACAUUGUCACAGUGGAAUAAAAACCCAGUGCACUGUUGAUGAUUUAUGCCAGUGGAAGAUUUGAGGGAAGAUAUGUUUUAGUAAAUGCCCUCAAAUUUUCAAUUGUGUAUAAUAGAGUUUUCCCCAAAGAAUGUUUAUUCUGUUGAUUUUGUUACAAGUACGUAUUUAGAUGUUGUUUGGAAGUAAGGAAACACGUGCCACUGCAAUAACCAUCUCUAGGCACACUUCACAAAGAUUGUUUCAGUGAUAAAUAUCUUUUGUACUAAAUAUUAGUAGUUUCAAAUGAUAUGUAGGAGUAGCUUGUAAAUUUCCUUACAAAUAUGAAAGGAAUUUCAGGUGCUUUUAGUGAUAAUUGACAAUCUUAUAUAUGUCACUUUCACAAAAACAGUGUUAUCACAAAUUUCAAUCCAAUCCGUCGCACUACUUUCUGUGAUAUGUGUUUAUACGCCCACUGUACCUUGUAUUCAUACGCCAUAGCUUCCUAAUCACUGGAGGACUUGUUUCUCUGUUGUGAGAUGGCAUUUCUUGUAUAGUACAUAACAUGCCUAUUAAAUAAACUAUUAUUUUCACAGUUA